AUGAAUUUGCUACAAGUAGUUCAAACCUCUUAUGAGCCCGGGACGUACGUGAUGGACGGAUGCCUGUGCAACGGCGGCUCGUCCCUCGCCCUCGCGCUCUCCACGCAGGCAAUCCGAAUCUACGACACCCAAAGAACCACAUUCUUGGCUGACAUCAAGGAGCACACGCAGCCCAUCCGCGACCUCGCCUCGACCCCCGCGCAGCCAAGUCUGCUGUACUCCUGCCAGGAGGACUGUGGCGUGAUGGUGACGGACCUGCGACAGGCCAAGGCGGUCCAUUUUGCCACGGAUAUGUGCAGCAGCGGCGCCACGUGCAGCAGCAUCAGCAUCUCACCGUCCGGGUCGAUGCUGGCCGUCGCCGCUGACCGGGAUAUUCACCUGGUAGACACCCGCACGUGGACCUCCGCGAAGUGCUUAGAGCAGCUGCACGUGGACGAAGUCUCCCGACUGCGUUUUCUCGACGAGCGAGUUCUGUGCUCCGCCGGUGAGGACCAGAUGAUCAACUUUUUGUGUGUCGCGGACGGCGUGAUCGAUGAUGACGUGCUGCUUCAGGCCGUCAACUGCGGCGAGGCCGUAUCGAGGAUGAACUGCUUUCCCGAAAUCGGGCUCGUCGCCAUGGUGGGGACGUGCGAGAACGGGUACGUCUUCCCGUACGAUCUUGAGCAGAGGGAAACGCGCUACGCCCGACCUGACUUCGACACGUAUCUCGUUGAUUGGUGUGUGGUAUCGGGGCAGUUGCACCUGGUCUCUGGUGUGCGGGAUGAAAACGGCGACGUAGGCCCGUUGCAGGUGCUGAACUGGGCCACCCAACGCACGCAGGUGCUGCCACGUGUGCACAAGGAGCUGGGGCGUGUGGCGAUCGGCUUCGGCAAUCGCCUCAUUACGGGUGGCGAGGACGGCAUGCUCGUGUAUUGGAAGGAUGGUGAGCUGCUGCCGUCGGAGGUGGCGAUGUCGGCCGGAUCGAGUGCGCACCACACUGGAGGUGGGAAGACAUGGGCGACGGGUCGGCAGCAGGGCGCGCCGUCUGGUGGCCGUGGUGGUGGCCGCGGUGUUGGCCGCGGCCGAGGCAGUAUACGCCGUCCUGGUCGUGGGAAGCCGUACUAA